GUCAAGUUAUUACCACGCAUUUCGAAGAUUCGGCUUUGGCCUUACUUUUAAAUUCUGUUAAUGAAUGCAAGCGCCGAUUGUGAAGAGAUAAAAAUGAAUAACGCUGUUCCGCCGAAAAUUUACGAGCUCGUGAAGAAAGCUGUGAACGGAGACAUUGAAAAUUACGAAAUCAGUGAGCAGGACUCCAACAAGAAAGGUGAUGGAUUUCUGGGUGAGGUCUCCUUUAUCUCCCUGCGAGACAAAACCACCGGUAAGCAGUUGAAUAUUGUGGUGAAGCAGGCUUUUUCCGAGCAGACUGUAAGGGAGUCCAAUCCUAUAAGAGAUAUUUAUCUCAACGAGACCUACUUCUAUACGGAAGUAUGGCCAAAAUUUUUUAAAUUCCAAGAGGGAAUACCCAAAGCGAACCGUUUCAGCAACCUAGCACAAUGUCUGGCUACCAUUUCGGAAGAGAAUUUCGAAGGACUGGCUCUAGAGAAUUUGAAAAGUGAAGGAUUCGUGAUGCAUGACAAGAGAAAAGUCGUGGAGAAGGAGAAGUUUGAGUUUAUUUUCAAGUUAUACGGUAGAUUCCACGCAAUCUCGUUCGCGUACAAAGCGUUGCAUCCUGAAGAAUUCUCUGAGCUAGUCGAAGGAUUUUAUGGCGUAAAUGAGGAAAUGUAUGAGAAAGAAGCCUUCCUGGAUUAUUGCAAAUAUAUAUAUCGACAGGGCUUAGAGGGUCUUCAACCAGGCGUCGACGACGCAGUUAUUGAAAAGUACAGGCAUUACGUUGACGAUGGUGUGAAAUUAUACAUGGGCUGUUUAGUCAACGGCAAAUACGCCGCCAUUAACCACGGUGACUGUUGGAGUAACAAUAUGAUGUUCAAGUAUGACAGUUCUGGAAAGCUCAUCGAUGUAAGAUUCCUGGACUUCCAACUUGCCAGACUGGGAUCUCCAGUCUGCGACCUCUCUUACUGCUUGUACUCCGGUGGCACCAAGGAAACCUUCGACGACCUGGAUCAUUUGCUUCAGAUUUACCAUGACAGUCUUUCAGAAAACAUCAGGGCGUAUGGGUGUGAUCCAGACGAACUGUACCCUUUGAAAGCCUUAAAGGAUGAUUGGAAGGUAUACUUCCACUGGGGAGUUAGAUUUGGUUUCUCGGUUUGGAGAGGAAAGCUUGUUUACGAUGAUGAAGUCCUUGAUUUGACUGAUGUGGCAACGGAAGAUGGUGAAAACGUUCAAAAGUUCACGGACACUAAGUUUGACGAGAAAACUUUCAAGGAGAGGACCAGGGAUAUAAUUUUACAUUUAUAUGAAAAUAAUUUACUUUAAGGAGUUGUUUUACGUUAAAUAAAUCUGUCCUUGUUGACUUUCUGAUAA